AUGGAACCUGAUGCUGCCUCUGCUUCACUACAGAGAACAGCAUCGCAUCACUCGAACGCUUCUGGCAAGAGCUCAAGAUCUCAAACUGUACGAGUCAAACCGCGGAAAUAUGCUUCAUAUAUGUCGAGCUCCGCCUCUUCAAUUUCCGACAAGUCUUUGACCUCUUUCCCCUCCUUCUCUCCUGAGUCGCCAAAGGACAAUCCAUUGAUACCGCGCUCUGUUGGCGAGUCAGCGAAUGGCACUCGCAAGACUUCAGAUCCGGCUUCAUCUAUUGUCGAAAGCCUAUUAACCUCUUCGCCUCUGCAGCUCAAUCGCACUGGCUUGUUUGACGAUGCGCCACUCAGCACCCAGCAUGUCCCUGGCUCGAUACACCAUGCGAACGAUGAUCAUAUCGAACGGCUGAUUGCGCGCAAUGGAGCUGUUGCUUUGGUACGACAGUUGGCGGAGGACUUGGCUCAACGGGAUGCACAGAUGGCUGCUCUCAGGAGACGGACAGAAGAGAGAGAACGGGCGCUGAGGAAGAUCGUACUAGAAUGUGGACUAUCUAAUCUGGACUUGGAGACUCGUCUGCGAGCUAUCGAAGGGGAACGAAAGGUCUCGGUCGCCAAUGCCAAUGAUGUGGAAGUCACUACUGCGAAUGCUGGAUUGGAGGACAUGAUGAAUGAUGCUAUGAACGAGAAUGUAGUUCUUUCAGACCUCGAACUGAUGAACAAUGAUGCUACCAUCCGGGCAGCAGCGAAUCUAAAGGCUUUGGAGGAUAGGCCGAUAAAUACACAGAAGGGCUGGAAAGAUUACAUAUGGGGAGGUACAAGUAGGAAGAGUAGUCGGUCAAGCAGUAUUAAUGGGGAUGCUGUAAAUGGGGCCGACGUGAGGAUUGGAGGCCCUGUGACAGCUCGAAAGUCUGUUCUGCAGAAUGGUGUGUUCCAGCCACCAGAAAGCACCAAACGUCCGAGUCGAGGGUCUAGUCAACAUUCAGGAAACACCGCUGGCGCAUAUCGAGAAAGGAAACCUUCAGGCCUAGCGACUUUAGCUCUUAAACUUGUUGCAGGAUCUACACUCACCGGACGGGAUGCUGAAAGUACAACGAGCAACCGCGGACGGGCAAAUAGCACAGGCACUGCUCCUGCUCAUAGAGCUCCGUCUACUGCCAGCGCAAGGACAACCAUGUCUGCGAGGACAGUGCCAGUAAAGCCAGCUCCAAGGGCAAUUCCAAUUGGACGAAGACCUACAGCAAGCGCAGCAGCCAAUACCACCAGAGCUCAGCAAGAAAGAUGGGAUACCAUGGGAGAAAGCCCCCAGAAAUCUGGAGAUGGAAGCUCAGACAAUUAUGGCCCUGUCGAGAUGGAUCAAAUUUUACCUCUAGAAGCACAGCCACCAACCAUCACUCAGAUAUACAACAAUCCGUACAAUCAGGAUUUUCUGACAGACCGAUUUGGCUUCAUCUAUGAUCAGAGACGAAAGAAGAGGCAAAGAGAGGCCGCUGAGAAAAUUCAAAAGACCAAGCGUGGCAGAGUUGAAAUGUUGAGCAGUGGCCGAAGUGGGGUUUCGGUAGACGACUCAGAGAUCAUGGAAGACUCAAGACCAGAUACCCCAACCUCUCUCGAGGGUGAUGAGGGGAAGCCUGCCAAACGUUGGCAAGAUUACCUCAAAAUUGCUACGUUCCCAACAGAGCUGUUGUCCCAUACGCCGUCUGGUGCCGUGCCUGCGUUCGAAGUAAUGGAAGGUGGCGAAGUGCCUCGAUCACCAGGUAUUACAAGUGAGGAGAGGGGUUUCUUACCAUCAGCGAGCACUGUGCCAAUUCAGCCUGCUGUGACGGUGACCUCAGAAGAUGCACUUAUUUCAAAGCCUUUGGCCACCCAGACUCCUCCUUCAGAGCUUCCACAAGAGGAUACCGAACCUGUCAAGUUGCUUUUGAAACAGCUUGGAGAAGUCCAUGAUUCUCUACAACGAGAGAAGACUGUUCGAUGGAACGACUUUCUACGUAAGGUUAGAGCCGAGCGGAGACGUGACGGCGAAGCAGCAAAGGCAGCUCUUGCAGCUGAUACACGCUCUCAAAAGCCUAUCACCGUCAUGCCUGAGGCUACUCUAACGGACGGUGAAAUGAUUGGAGUAGCUGGAUUGGGUAACAAAGGCAAAGUUGGACGUGCGAAAUGGAAAGAGUUCAAGACUCUCGUGCUUGGUGGCAUCCCGGUAGCUUAUAGGGCCAAGAUUUGGGCUGAAUGUUCAGGAGCUGCAACGCUUCGGAUUCCCGGCUAUUAUGACGACCUCAUUGCUCGCUCUGAAGCAGAUGAUGACCCAUCAAUCGUAGCGCAGAUUGAGAUGGACAUCAACCGGACAUUGACCGACAACAUUUUCUUCCGGAAAGGUCCAGGUGUUGGAAAAUUGAAUGAAGUUUUGCUGGCUUAUUCUCGAAGGAAUAUUGAGGUUGGAUACUGCCAAGGCAUGAACUUGAUCACAGCUUGCUUGCUUCUCAUCAUGCCUACUGCAGAAGAUGCUUUUUGGGUACUUACCAGUAUCAUUGAGAAUAUUCUGCCUCGUGGCUACUACGAUCACAGUCUGCUUGCAUCAAGGGCUGACCAGCAAGUUCUCCGUCAGUACGUCUCCGAGAUUCUGCCCAAGUUGUCUGCGCACCUGGACGAUCUCAGUAUCGAAUUGGAAGCACUUACGUUUCAAUGGUUCCUCAGCGUAUUUACCGACUGUCUCUCAGCCGAAGCUCUCUUCCGGGUCUGGGACGUGGUAUUUUGCACGAACGAUGGAAGCACUUUCUUAUUUGAAGUGGCUCUCGCUCUGUUAAAGCUCAAUGAGUCCCAGCUUUUGCAAUGUUCGACUCCAGCAGGUAUAUACACGUAUAUCAAUCAUCAGAUGACGAAUCAUGCUAUCAGUAUUGAUGGCCUGAUCCAUGCUUCUGAGGGGCUGCGAAAAGUUGUGAAGCGGGAUGAGGUUGAAACCAGGCGAACAAAAGCCAUCGAGGCAGAGAAAGACCUCAUCAAGCAACGGGAAGCUCGAAAUGCCGCUCGUCGAGCCGAGAGGAUUGCUGCUGCUAGCGCCGCGCUCGAGGUCCAACAUGAAGAGUCAGAGGCAUCAAGUCCCGCGAGCGAGGAGUUGUCCGUGGUCGAAGCAGAGCUAACUACAAGGGAACCCUUACCCAUUGAAGAAGAGGAAGCAAUUUUGGAAAUGGAUUAA